AGCUUCUCGUCCGUGCGCGGCCACGAAUGCCCCCUGCCGCUGCUUCCAGAGGAGUCCUGCUCCCCCCUCCCCUCUCCCUCCGGUUGCCAUGGUACGCCGUGGGCGCUGCGCCCCGCCGCGGCGGGCGGCGCUGCUCGGCGGCCUGCUGCCGCUUCUUGCGCUGGGCGACGAGCGCCGCGGGUCGCCGCCGCUGAAGGGGCACAGAUCGGUUUUGGGGUGGCCGACUGGCCGCGGCUGGGUGGCGGUGCUGGACACAGCACUGUGUGCCGACGCCGGCGGCGAGCGGGCGCCGCUGGUCGGAGUGGAGUUCUGGGCCUCGCGGAGCACCCGCUUCCGGCUGCUCGUGGUGGGGCCGCGGGGCGACGGGAAGCUGCAGCUGAGGGCCUACACGCGCUCCGCGCUGGUCAGGGGCGGCGCCCGCUUCCGGGUCGAGCUUGCUCUGGGAGGAGGAACAGCGGCACCAGUCCGCCGACGCCUUGUGUGCGGGCCCCGUAUCGCGAGAGUGUCUCUUGGGUCGUCGUAGGCGUCGAUCGUCG